CAAUUUGUGCAGGACUAGCAAACAUCCGCUACAUCAUGGCUAACCAGGCGAACCCUCGUAAAUUUAGUGAGAAAAUCGCCCUUCAUAACCAAAAACAAGCUGAAGAAACAGCGGCCUUUAACGCAAUUAUGAAUGAAGUUAAGAAUAGCAAGAACCAGAGUAUGAAAAAUCAACAGUUACAACAUAUUGAUGUUAUUCAAAAUGUUGGUCUAAGGCCAGGAGGUAGCUUACCCAAUGUCAAUCAGAUGGCUAGUAAUAAUUCUAUUGAUUUAAAGAGUGCAUUGAAUACUCUGAAGGAUGUAAAGCAACAGCCGAAAACAACAAGACAAACUCUUAUGGAUAGAAUACAGAAUAGAGAAAGAGCCAAGAACUCGGGUAUGUCGACUCAUCUUAGACGUCAAGGGGGUAACUCAAGGCACGAUGUUUCUCCAUACGCAAGUCCUUCUUCGUAUCUCUCACCGCCAUCUGAUUCUAAUUGGCGGAGGCAAGCUACAGUAGGUUAUUUAGAUGAUUUUAGCUUGUGA